AUGGUCUUCAGCACUGAGAAGGCUUCUCGACCGAGCCUCUCUGCAUGCCUUCAGUACCGCGUGCGUCGGCGGGUCGGCCUGAACGUGCCGGAGAUCGACGUGCGGAACAAGGAUCGCCAGGGCGGCUGGACGUCCGGCUGGACGUCCGGUGCUGGGGCCUGCAGGGUCGAGCUGAAAAUUGACGAAGGCCCCGAUGCCUAUGUGACAGACAGAGCCACUGGUCGUUUUGCAGCUCUCAUUCUUCCGGAGUCUGGACGCUUUGAUUCCCUGAAACCCAACCGAUUGCGGAUUAUGGUCUCCACUUGCUACCACGCCAAGCUCCAGCUCCGUUUGAACUUCCCCUUCGACGAGCAGAGCUUGCCCAUUGACUUUGUGAUGCCUUCGGAGAAGGUGCUGGGCGACCAGCAGCGGGCCUUUGUCUUCCGUCAAUGCGAUCUGGCACCCCUGGCCUAUCACUUGGACGAGUGGACGGUGCAGGGCACCCACCACAAAGUGGGCUUCCACGAGGGGAUGAGCCAGGCGGCCAUGUACGUGAAGGUGAAGCGGAACUCGAAGUACUACGUGGUCUCCGUCCUGGGCGUCAUGCUGGGCAUCUCCUCCUUGGUCUUCACGGUUCGCGUGGCAGAGACAGACCGUUUUCGGGCGUGCCACUUCUGGGUGAGCGAGUUGAAGUGA